AUGGACCUACAGGGGCCACGCGGCCCUCGGCCCCUACGGCAGUCCGACGUCGACGAAGGCCGGCUCUCUCUUGUCAAGAAUGUCGUCGUCGCAAGAUCAGAUGCGACCACAACAACCCUUGCGCAAAUUGCAUCCGUCAUAAAACCAAUGGCCGAGGACGCUUCUUUUCUCAUUCCAGUCCAGUCUGCCUCCCAAGACGCGGAGGUGCCAUUGCCAAAUCAAGGAGGCGACCAGCGCUCGAAUCAAAAGGAGCCAAACUUCAGUGAUGUCUUGAACCGCAUAGAGAAGCUCGAGUCACUCCUGACGGCCCGGAAGCAGACAUGGACCGAGAACCCUCCAGCCCUCAAUGGGCUGGGUGCACCUAGCACAGAGCGUCGCCAACAAACGCAGGAAUGGCAGUCCGUUCUCAACAAGCCGCGAGAUUGGGGCCGCUCUCGCUGGGUUGGCGAUACCACCGAGUUCGCUGUCGUCAUGGGCUGCUACUCGGAGAUCGUGGGCAAGGCCAGCAACAAUCCCGUCUUCCAGACUCCUGAGGCCUCGGCGCUGAUUACCCAGGCUGGCGAUGCCCUUCGGGGAUGCAAGAACCGAGCCAAGAGUAUCAAGAUCGCCCGGCCGACUAGAGGUCUGCCGCCUCCUUAUGCUUGCCUCGUGCCACCUUCGCUCGAGGUAUCAACCCAGAUGGCCGAGCUCUAUUUCGCAUCCUUUGAAUCCACCCAUCGAAUCCUCCACAUUCCCACCUUCUGGGCCGAGUUCCAGGAAUAUUGGGACCAUCCCGACAGCGUCACCGAGGACGCCCGCCACAGAAUCCUCCUCGUCAUUGGCUUAGGGUCCAGCGUCUACGACCACGGCGAUAUAGCCGUCGCUCAUCGUAACACCGAGUUGGUCCAUCAGUGGAUCUACGCUGCCGAGACCUGGAUAUCCGGGCCGCUGGAGAAAGACCGGCUCGACGUCAAGGUGCUGCAGAUCCACUGUCUGGCCGUGUUGGCCCGUCAGAUCUUCUCUCUCGGCGGAGACACGGUAUGGGUGUCGAUGGGAUCGCUCCUCCACGGAGCCAUGCAAAUCGGCCUCCACCGCGACCCCAAGCACCUCCCAGCCAUGUCGCUGCUGCAGGCCGAGCUCCGCCGCCGCCUGUGGGCAACCAUUCUAGAUCUAAUUGUUCAGUCCUCCUUGGACGCGUGGAUGCCGCCGCGCCUCUCGCUCGAGGAGUUCGACACGGAGCUCCCGUCCAGUGACGUGGACGACGAGGAGAUGGACGAGACGACCACUACGCUCCCGCUGCACCCGAAGGAGAAAUUCACCUCGACCUCCCUUCAGAUCGCUCUCCUCGCCUCACUCCCCACGCGUCUGGGGAUCGUACAGUUCCUGAACAACCUGAACUCGGAUCGGUCCUACCACCCAGCAGCAGCAACGGAACCUAGCAGCAACGUGUUCCACCGCAACCUCCUCGACUUCCUAACGCGGCGCUUCCUCAUCCCGCUGCACUUUCCGUUCAGCCACCAGGCGCGCGUGAACCCGCUGUUCCACUACUCGCUCAAGGUCAGCCUCGACACGGCCCUGGCGCUGGUCUCGCACCAGCCGGAGGAGGGAAACGACCGGUUUCAGAACCUGUUGUGCAUUGCGGGAGGCAUGUUCCGAGACGGGAUACUGUACGCGACGUCGGGGAUCUGCCUGGAGUUACUUUGCGCGUGA